AUGCCUGACCCUGCUGCAGAGUUCAGGCCCGGACAGCAGGUCUGGCUGAAGCACAGAGCAAACAGGAACGAGAUUCAUGGCCCCACAAACCCAACUGGGCACGGGGGAAGUUCCCAACUGCCUCUCUUUUACUUCUUGUUUUUGCCUUGUUUUUUUCCCAGUGCAAAUAACUUUGCCAUGAAGGGGAAGAGGAAAACGCUGAAUGCUGGUGACGUGCUCUCUGCCAUGGAGGAGAUGGAGUUCCAGAGGUUCAUGGUCCCUCUGAAGGAAUCUCUGGAAGUUUACAGGCGGGAGCAGAAGGGCAAGAAGGAAGCCAGGAAGGACAAAGACAAGAAGGCAGACUCAGAGGAGCAGGAUAAAAGCCGAGAGGAAGACAAUGAUGACGAUGAUGAGAGGAUGGAGGAGGAAGAGCAGAACGACGAGGAGGAGGUGGACAACUGAGCUGGCUGAGAGGGGCUGGGCUGUGUGCAGAGGGAUAUAAACACUGUAAAUCAAC